GCCCCCACAAGCCCUUUUUAAAAGCCGGUUUCCCAACUGCGCGUCCAAAUUUACUACAGAUCCGUAAGAGUAUUGUGUCAGUGCAUUUACAUGCUGGUUAGAAAGUUCACUUUCUCUCACUCUUCCGCUGGAGUUUGUAGACUUUUGCGCUAUUUUUGCGCUUUAGCCGGCAGUGACGGUGUUUCCAGAGCUGUCUUCUCCUGACCUCCUGUCUUCUCCUCUCUUCUCCUGUGGAAGACUUUCUGAGGAACGUUCAGACAUGUGGAGCUACACACUUCUGUUCGGGCUGCAGAUUUUCACCUUUGCUGCCACUGUGUCUGGUGAACGUUCUGUAACAGCCAAACUUCAUCACCCUGCUACUCUCACCUGUGACUGGAAAUGUCCUGGUUCACUCGAAUGGAGUUUCAAGUUUCAUACGAUUGUGGCUCGGUGUGAUCAGACGUCAUGCAGGUCAGAGGAGAGAUUUAACGUCUCUCAUGAUCAGUACCUGAAGGGGAAUCCACAUCUCACCAUCACUGCAGCUGAUUACAGUACGAGAGGUUUAUACACGUGUCAGUGUGAUGGCAAAGACGUCUGUAACGUGCGUCUCCUCAUUGAGACUCAAGUGAUGAGCCGUGAGAUUACCCCAGGCGAGCCCAUAGACGUGUACUUACCCCUCACUGACCUGGUGGAGGUGAGUUUUACUGCGAGUGAUGCUGCACAACCAUCAGACCUGCAGAUCUGCACCGUGGACAAUGAGAAGAUACAGAUUAUAAGUCCAGAUUAUAAAGAGAGAGCGUCUCGCAUCAACACUCUUCAGAUUAAAGAUGGAAAUGUCUCUGACAGUGGCAGCUACACAGUACGGGAUGUAGUGAACAAUGAGACUUUAGCCAUCUUAAAGGUCCAUAUGAGAGAAGACCAGCCAGGUUCGGACAUCAGGCAGGAGGGAGGUGUACCAGCGUGGGGGAUUGUACUGAUGCUGCUGCUGCUGGUUGUAGCUGCAUUUGUGGUCCUGAUGGUGAUGUAUGUGCGUCUGAGGAGAGAGAAUCAGCAGCUCCGUGAGAAAGAUGAAAGGAACGGACACGAGCAGCGCCCAAUGAAUGGAAAUGCUAACCAUGAUCCAGGAGAAGAGCAGGACUGAGUACACACUGAGCUUACUGAACCCACAAACACUGAACACUAUUCUAUUAUAAUAAAAUCUUUAGAAUAGAAUAGAAGAGCUUUAUUGUGCUGCACGAUCAUAGUGAAAGUAAGUUUGAAUUUCCUGCUGUUACAUGAUGGAGAAUAUGUCAGUAAUGUAAAUAUAGAGUAACGUCCUUUACAGGAAGAAGUGUGCAGUAUGAGAGUGAGUGCAAGUGCUGAAACAGCAGGGUGGUGGAGCUGUAGGUCACAUACACAAGUGACGGAUGUUGUACAAUCACAGUGAGGUAACAGUGUCGGGGUCAGGGUUAGGGUGUUAAUGGUUCUCAAAUCACGCUGAGCAAAUUGACUUCAGACGUGUUCAGUGGUGUUUAAUGAUGCGUUUCAGUCACGUCUAAUUCAGCACAUGCAGGGAAACGUGGUGCUUUUCUUCAUAAUUCAGUAUUAUCCGUAAGAAAGGACCAGAAUAAAUAACUACUGAUGUGAUAAUCAGAGUGUAGACGAGCCACAGUGUGUAAAACUACUGAUCAGGAACUACUGAAACUUCUUUUACUGACUGGUGCUAAGUGAGGAUGUGAGUUUACUCCUGUUACAUUCCAUCCACUGACACCCCGUGCCUUAUAGACUUCCCUUUAACCUUUAUUACAGGUAUUAAACACCUCAGUAAGACCUUUUAUAACGCAUAAUAACUGAUGCACUAUAUCACCCCGUGCCUUAUAGACUUCCCUUUAACCUUUAUUACAGGUAUUAAAGACCUCAGUAAGACCUUUUAUAACACAUAAUAACUGAUGCACUAUGUCAGGUCACAUUACCAGAUUGAUCUUUAUCAAUCUGGAUCUGAUCCUACAGUCAUGGUACGAGGAAAGUACACCCUCCUCCAGUUCUAUGUUUUUCGUUAUCAGAGUUAGUUGUUUAGUUAUCAGCAUUCUGAAUGUUGCUUUACUUUUUGGGAAAAAAAUGACUACAUAUUAAAAUCCGUUGUUGUUUUUUUGUGGUAACAAUUUUUUUUUUUCAAUUUUCAAUUUUCAGUAACAAUCAAUUGUUAGAGAUGCGUGUGUGUUAUUGUCUGUUUGUCUGGUUGCUUUUAUUUCUGAAUUUUAUGUGAGGUCGUAUUAUAUUUCACUCUUCCUGUUUCAGCUUUACCAAAAAUGCCCUCCUCAGGUGUUAUUAGUGUUUAUGUGAAAUAUGCAAAGUGUUUUCGCAUGAAGGAGAUCAGAGGAGACGCGUCUUAAUCAGAGACUUCGCUCUUCUUAUAAAGUGUUUUUAUGGAUAAAGUUAUGAAUGAACCGCAUGUAACCAUGGUUCCCCGAGGGAACGAGACGCUGCGUCGAAACACUAUGGGAACGCCCUCAGCGUGACCACGCUCUGAAUCACAUGUGUAAUCAGUCCAAUGGAUGGGCGAGAAGCCACGGGCGGGGUGACGACCCGGAAGCUUAAAAGCACAAGCGGUGGAUACAGCGGCAGCUUCUGAGAAAUGAAGCAAGCGCUCACAGGGAUGCCGGAAGUAUGGCACUGAGACGCGGCGUCUCGUUCCCUCGGGGAACCAUGGUUAUAUGCAUAACCUAGAGACGUUCCCCUUUAGGAACUCGAGCUGCGUUGAAACGAUAUGGGAACGAGUAUGCCCACUUCACCAGACUUACAAAUCCCUGCUGAGUGUGGAAGAGCACAGCAAGGGUGAGAGAACAGAAAAGCCUGGAGUGGCUCGCAUAUCGAGGCCAUAGAACCUGACACACACACAGUUAAGCCUCUGCUGGUCGGGCUCCCGAAAGGGAGGAAGACAGAAGGCCUGGAGCACGACAGGCCGUGGUGUAGAGGAGGGAACAUAACCCGCUUGAGGGUAGAGAAACGCUUUGGCCAGACCAGGCGCAAAGUCUAAAUAAGAGGGGGCCACUGAGGGCCCGAAGAUCCCCAACUCUCUUUAGAGAGAGCCUCUAACACCACAGCCAGGUCCCACGGAGGGACACAAGAUCGUACCGGAGGCCUCAGCCUCAGCACACCGCGGAGGAAACGUGUAACUAGGGGGUGUCUGCCCACAGACCAACCCUGCGGAGAAUCGGGCCUGCAGGAACUCCAGCACCAACUGGGCAGUUAACUGGGCUGAGCUGGUGGUCUCUGCACCAAGAAGGGGAAAGUUUCCACUUCAAGGCAUACAGUUUCCUUGUUGAGGGAGCUCUGGAUUGGAGAAUGGUCUCAUCUUUCUUUAUCAUCAUGUUGUAAAAGUACAACAAUUCAGCAGAGAAAUGUGUCUAUAAUAAAUGUAGGUGUUCAUUAUUUGUGUACAUUAAGCUCUGCUUAGAUUUUGUGCACAUUGUAAUGCACUGUUCUCAUUUGUUCUGUAUAUAAUUGUUAUCUCUAUAUCUUACUAUUAUUUCUAUUAGUAGCAGUAAUAAUACUGCAUUUUGUCUUCACACACGUUACCUUUGUAAGGAUUUUUUUUUAAUGAAAAUGUGUUUUUUACUCUGCUGAGCUCUGAGAGCUGCUUAUCUACUGAUGUACAGUCACUUGAAUAGACACUGCAAAUGUACUGAAUGUGAAAAUGUCUUGUUGGUUUGGAUCUUUUGUAGUUUUAUGUUUUUGAUGGCACUGCAGAUCCACGUGAGGAGUAGAAAAACCUCAUUCAGAAGCUUCUAGAGGUUUUAAUAUACAUAUAUUAUAUAUAUAUAUAUAAAAUUUAUGCUCUUAAUGUAACAGUAUAAUAUAUGACUAUUGCAUUGUUUUAAUGAGAAUGAUUAAAUCAGGGUUGCCAGAUUUCAGCAGAAAGCUCAGGACUGUGUGUGUUUAGUAACUGUGCAUGUGCAUGUGUGCGUGUGUGUGUGUGUGUGAGAGAGAGAGAGAGACUACAGUCUCUUUAUCACGUCAGUACUCAGCUACAUUCUGUCUUCUGUCCUGUGCUUUGUGUCCAAACACAUUAUCCAGCUUACUGUUUUCUUUUAUUAAAAUAAAAAUAAAACCAUGAGAAACCUGA